AUUCCCUUUUUUCUUUGUCCCCCACAGUGGCUCUUGGUCGUAACCAACCCCUGAAGAAGGAGAAACCCAAAUGGAAGAGCGAUUACCCCAUGACGGACGGGCAGCUGCGCAGUAAGAGGGAUGAAUUUUGGGACACAGCCCCGGCCUUUGAGGGCAGGAAGGAGAUUUGGGAUGCCCUCAAGGCUGCUGCCCACGCCUUUGAGAGCAACGACCACGAACUGGCACAAGCAAUCAUUGAUGGUGCAAACAUAACACUGCCCCAUGGUGCUCUUACGGAGUGUUACGAUGAACUGGGCAACCGCUACCAGCUCCCCGUCUACUGCCUCGCCCCACCCAUCAACAUGAUCGAGGAGAAGGGUGACCUGGAGACUCUGGACAUCCCUGAGCCCCCUCCCAACUCCGGGCACGAGUGCCAGCUCCGCCUGCGCCUGUCCACGGGCAAAGACCUGAAGCUGCUGGUGCGCAGCAUGGACACCGUGUACCACAUGAAGCGGCGGCUGCACGCCGUGGAGGGAGUGGAGCCGGGCAGCCAGCGCUGGUUCUUCUCUGGGAGACCCCUGGCAGACAAAAUGAAACUGGAGGAGUUGAAAAUCCCAAAGGACUACGUGGUGCAAGUGAUCGUGAGCCAGCCCUUAGCAAAUCCCACCCCGGUGGAAAACUGACCGCUGCUCGUUCGUUGGUUCUUCUCUGCCGCGUCUCUCUUGUGGGGUUUGUUUUCACUGCCCUCUCUUCUUUCUGGGGUUGGCCUGCUCGUGGAUGGGUUGCAAGAAAUGACCAGCAAAAACAAAAAAAAAAAUUCCAUCUGUGAUGGAGAUCUGUAAAAA